AGCGGCCGGACGGGUGACCUCUGCGCCGCCGGGCGCAGAUCCCGUCCGGCGGGAGCCGGUCUCGGCGCGAGCGAGGACGCCCACCCCUGCCCCGCGCCAGAGCCCGAGCGCCCGCCCUCAGGGGCCCCCUUCCUCCCCUCGGUCUCCUCCCCUCCUCUCUCCCGUCGCCCCUCCCCGCCCCGCUGCCCCCCGCCCCCGGCCCCCGGCCGGCCCUGGCCGCCCGGCCCCCGCCUCCGCGCGCCAUUCCUCGCCGUCCUCCGGCCGCGCGUCCCCGCCAGCCGCGUCUCGGCCAUGGCGGGCCUGGUGCCGCGACCCGCCAAGGGCUACCGGGUGGUGCUGCUCGGGAGCGUGGCUGUGGGCAAGACGGCGCUCGCCACGCAGUUCGCCUGCGGCAGCUUCCCCGAGCAGUGCGAGCCGUCGGUGGAGGAGCUCUUCAGCAAGGUGAUCGAGGUGAACGCGGCGCCUGCCCUGCUGGAGAUCGUGGACACGGUGGGCGCCGAGCACCUGGUCACCCUCAAGGACCUCUACAUCAAGAACAGCGACGGCUUCGUGGUCCUCUACAGCGUGUGCAGCGAGGCCUCGUUCGAGGCGGUGCUGCCGCUGCGGGAGCGCAUGGGCCGGCUCCGGGGCCCCAAGGCCGUGCCGCUGGUGCUGGUGGGCACCAAGGCCGACCUGGACGCCGAGCGCCAGGUGCUGACGGCGCGGGGCCGCGCGCUGGCCCGCGAGUGGCGGUGCCCGUUCCUGGAGGUCACGGCCAAGAGCAAACUGAUGGUGGACCAGGUGUUCACGCAGGUAGUGCGCGAGAUGGAGGCCCUGGCCCCGCCCGAGGAAGAGGUUCCGGCCAUCCCCACAAAUGCCCAGGAGACGUGGCCAUCGGAAAGAUUCAUUGGCUAAUAUGCAACGGUUAAUUUUUCAUGUGUUCAUCGCUUUUCAUGAUUUUCUGAAGCUCAGUAUUCCUACUCUGCCUUUUUAAAGAAAGUUAUCCAGCCAUAAACAAGUGGUUUCUACUUCUAUGUAUUAACUCAAACCAGUGCUUCAAACUGUCUGCAGAGCUUCUUAAAUAUUUGGUGAAAACUUUGCAACUUUAACUCUGACCGUGCUAUAAGAAGAAACUAAAAAUCGAAUUUCUUUUUCUGUAUGGAGAGAAUACUACCCUUUUCUUCAAGUGGAAUUCGUUACAGGAUUUUUUUUUUAACACCUUUGAAUGUCAUCCAACAUUUGAAACUGAGUGAGGAACAUGAACUAAAGCGUUUAAGCUUUUGAUUCCAUGAGGUUUUCAUGUGUUUCCCUCUCACGUACAGCCUUGCAUUGUAGUAGUAAUAUUUUCCUUUCCGUGUAUUUCUAAAUAUAGUUAUGACACACAUAGCACUGGUUUGAAAGGGAUAUUGUAUACCCUGGGAUGGAGAGGAACAACUGUAUCACACAAAGAUAGCUCAGCUCUGCUUUUGUGUGGUUGACAUCUCAUUGAUUUCUGCAUCUGUAAAUUGAGUGACAAUAAAAUGCCUUUUGAAGUA